GACGGAAAACUCGUCUCGAUUUUCCCACGUAAUCGAUUUAUACGUGACCGAUAAAUCACGUAUAUAGGUAUAUAAGAUUGUUGAAAACUUUUCCGAGUUUUUUUCAGUCGGUCGACUUUUUCCGGUCGGGUCGCGAGUGGCAAUAAUUUUUGGUAAAGAGAACCAAGUGCAAUUUUGAAGUGGGAAAAAUUUUAAUGUGACGAUUCCGACUUUGUAAUUGCGGUGAUAACGUACUCUAACCGGCGGGUGAAGGUGAUUCGUUUGGAUUAAAUCGCGGAUUAAUUUUGAUCGCGUUUUAGGAUUUGAUAUAAUUAUAGUGCGGAAGUGUAGAUUAUUUUUAUUGGUGAUAAUAUGUCGUGCUUUAUGACCGAAGUGUGGAAAAUGUGCGACCGUGUUUUCAAACUGUGGAUUGUUUCAUUCUUUUUAUUCUUCUGUAUGUGGCUUGUUCCAGCAAGUGUUAACGCAGGAAAAGAUGUUACAACAGUAAAUAUUGAAGUCGUGGCUGGAGAACCAGCUUAUCUACCCUGUGAUAUAUCGACGGCUCAUUCUCAGGAUCAAGUAGCUUUGGUGCUUUGGUACAAGGAAGACCUUGGGACUCCGAUAUACAGUGUGGACGGUCGUGACAGAGGAUUUACCCACGCUGAGCGCUGGUCCGACGAGAAUGUGUUCUCGAAUAGAGCGUUCUUCAUGCCUGAAAAACAACCGGCGGAACUCGGUGUGGACCAUAUCCGGGAAACUGACCAAGGAGUGUACAGAUGCCGGGUGGAUUUCAUCCGCGCCCAAACAAGGAAUUCUAAAGUCAACUUGACCGUAAUUGUACCGCCAAAGAAAAUUGUAAUAGCCGAUGAAUCCGGAAACGAAUUAACAUCAGUAGUUGGACCAUUUUCAGAAGGAUCAUCAUUCACAGUAAAAUGUGAUGUUUUCGGUGGUAAACCAGCACCGAUUGUGACGUGGUUUCGAAACGACGUGCCAGUGACAAAUGACAGCGUUGCGUUGCCCUCCGCAGGCACGACACAUGUACGCAGCGAGCUCAAAGUAUCAGGCCUAAGUCGCCAAGACGUUCACUCAGAGCUGACGUGUCAAGCUUACAAUAAUCCGAAGACACAACCCCUUGCAUCGACCCUCCACGUGGACAUGAAUUUUGGACCUUUGGAUGUAAAAAUCCUUGGGGCUAGCCAACCACUGAGUGCGGCGAGAAGAUACGAUUUGCUGUGUCAAAGCUCAGGUUCAAGGCCUCCGGCUACGAUAACGUGGUGGAAAAACGGACAGAGAAUGGAAAAAAAUAAAGAGACGACAUCCAGGGACGGGAACACAACGACGAGCACUCUGUCAUUCGUAGCCAGCAAGGAAGAUGAUGGAAAGUAUCUGUCAUGCAAGGCGGAAAAUAAAGUGCUCUCUACCGAGGGUAUUGAAGACGGUUGGAAAUUGGAAAUCCAUUAUACCCCCGAGGCACAAAUAAUCCUCGGCACCUCCCUUAAUCCUGACGCAAUCCGGGAAGGUACCGACGUCUACUUCGACUGCAUCGUAAACGCACACCCCAACGCCUAUAAAGUCGAAUGGAGACAUAACGGUAAAAUGCUAAACCACAACGUCGCCUCCGGCAUCAUUAUAAGCAACCAGAGUCUCGUUUUGCAAACGGUUUCAAGAUCCACAGCCGGAAAUUACACUUGCGUGGGAUACAACACGGAAGGAGAUGGCGAAAGUCGACCCUUUUAUCUCAACGUGAUGUUCGCGCCGACGUGUAAACCGAAUCAGACGAGAAUUUACGGCGUGGCAAAGCAGGAGAAGACACAGAUUUCGUGUCAGGUGGAGGCGAAUCCGCCGGAAAUUCAGUUCCGUUGGACCUUUAAUAAUUCGGCCGAAUCCGUUGACGUACCCGCUUCACACAUCGCCAGAAGCGGCACAUCGAGCAUGGUUUCGUACACGCCAAUGACCGAACAGGAUUACGGCACGCUACUGUGUUACGCUUCAAACAGAAUUGGCCACCAACGGGUUCCCUGUGUCUUCCACAUCAUUGCCGCAGGUCGACCGGACCAGGUCCACAACUGUACGGUGUUCAAUAUUUCAACGACCUCGUUUUCAAUAAAGUGUUCAGAAGGAUUCCAUGGAGGUCUCCCACAGUCGUUCCUAUUAGAGGUUCGCGAGAGUCACAGUCAGGAAAUUAAGGGUAACUUAUCGUCGCCGGUGGCAAAAUUCUCCGUUACGGGCUUGGGUCCAGGAGCAGUUUAUCAGGCGGCACUGUUCUCAUACAACGCGAAAGGAAGAAGCGAACCAGUUAUCCUGCAAGCAGCUACGCUUAGAUUACCCGAAAAACAGCUCACCGCAGAGAAAGAUAUCCAUAAAGGCUUUAAAUUCACACCAAUGACAAGUGUUUUAAUAGGAAUCGUGUCAGCAUUAAUAAUAGUAGCACUGGUAGUAAUCUUCGUGCUUCGAGUUCAAUGUAACCGAAACGAUGGUCGACGAAAAAGACAAAAAAACGGAGUUGUAUCCACAUCGAAUUUGGAGCAUCGUGGAUCGAUUAGCGGGCCAACAUAUAGCGACAAAACAGGAGGAAGUCCAAUUUCAAAACAUGAAUCAAGCGGUGGGGAAUGUGACAGUGAUGAGAAAAACCCGGAUAUAAUUCCUCAACCUGUUGACGCUGACGAUAUGGCCGAUUUCAAUAGGAAACGACAACACGUCUCCACAAUAGAAACGUCACCAAGUAGAAGCUUAUUACAUCAAGCAGGAAAUUCAGGAUACAUCGGUUAUUGUACCUUACGCAAUGGAAUUCCUUUACACGAAAUGACUCAAACAAAAAUGCAUAAUCCAUCAUCUCAAGUGAUAGGAUCUUACGGACAAUGUACUCUUCCAAGACAACCACAAUGGCAAUAUGGACCAGUUGCACAUUUACCACCAGGAGUGUAUCCCGUACAAUAUAGAGGCACUUUACCACAAAGAGCAAGAAAUAUUUCUAGGGAACCACCCAUACAAAUGCAACCAUUAACGUCAGCCGAAGAAGAACCCUCUGUGGAUACUCCAUUGGUGAAUAAAAGAGAAAGUACCGUUUGACAAGUCACUCCUUUGUAAACACUUAAAGUAAUGGUUUACUAAGCUCACUUGUACAGGAUUUUGGGGAUAAGUACAAGAAUUAUGAAUUAUUAUUCCUCUUAAAAUAUUAACGAUCAGAAGACGGCCAUAGAAGAGGUUUAAGUAAGAAUAAAAAAAAUAAAAAGGUUUUUAUUCAGGUUGACAAUCCAAAUUCAUAUAGACAUUGCAAAAGUGCAAUGUUUGCAAUUUGGUGACUGCUACAGGGAUACACAACCGACUACCCUCAAAGAAAAACAUAAAAAAAAUUAAAUAAUCGAUUUAAUGAACUGGUAUAUUUGUUAAAUCUAUGUUUUGUGAGUGUAAUACUAAAUAAAUUAUUGUUAGUUUGUUCCCUGCGCGACCACCGUUAUUUUGUGUAUAAACAAGUUGUAAAUAAAAAAAUAUAAAAAAAAAAUAAAACGAUGUAAAUGAAUGUGAUAAUUUUGAAAUUAUCUAAAGAUUUUUGCGAAUUAAUAAUGACUUUUACGAUUAUAAGAAAGUGUAAGUGAGAAAAUAAAUUUAAAAUUAUGUAAAAGUAUGAUGAAUAUUAAUAAGGAAUUUAUAAAGGCGAAGAAAAAAAGUAAAGAAGGUGGGAAACUUCGUCGACGACACGUUUAUAAUAUCGUAUAAACUAAAAAAAAAAUAUCAUUUCGGCUAGUUGAUUUGUAUAUCUUUGUAAAUAAUGUAAAUAUUUUAAGAAAAUUUUGUAAAUAAUUUCGAUCCCAUACCUAACAUCGAGUGUUCACCUAUUACAUUUUGUAAUUAAUUGUAUAUGUAAAAGGUUGCCCGUUAUCCAAUCAAAAUCGUCUGUGAAUAUUUAAAUUAUAUGAAUGUAUUUCGAAAA